GAGUAAGCAAUAUGGCUCUGCUUCUAGCUCUGCUUCCCCUGGCAAGCCAGGCACACGCCGCCCUCUACUCGACCGUCAUCGAGACACCCUACGGCGGCGUGCAAGGCUAUCCGGCCUUCACCAGCGAGCCCAGCGGCAACCUGACGCACUGGCAGGACAUCGCCGUGUGGAAGGGGAUCCCGUACGGAGCCACCACCGCCGGCGAGCACCGCUUCAAACCACCACGCCCUGCGCAGCCAUGGACGGGGACUGUUCUCGACGCUGCUGACUGGGGGAAUGUGUGUCCGUCGGCGGUCUCGACCAACCCGAACAACUACACCAUCGCCGAGGACUGUUUGAACCUGAACAUCUGGAGUGCGGCCAAUUCCACCGAUGCGAAGCUGCCGGUGGUGAUGUGGAGUUAUCCCGCGCAGUCCACGGCUGCCGACGCGUUGUUCGACGGCGGCGGGAUGGCCGACAAGGGCGUCGUGUUUGUCAGUUACAACUACCGCACCGGGUCGUUUGGCUGGCUGGCGCAUCCCGAGCUGCGAGCAGACUAUCCCGACGGCAAGAAUGCGUCGGGCAACUGGGCCAUGUUCGACCAGUUCGCCGCGCUGCGCUGGAUCCACGAGAACAUCGCCGCGUUCGGGGGCGAUCCAGACCGGAUCACGGUGAUGGGCCAGUCGAUGGGCUCGGCCGCCAGCCAGCACAUCCUCAACAGCCCACUGACUCGCGGGCUCAUCGUCGGGGCGAUCAUUGAGAGCGGCGUGCGCGAUGUGCAGGAUCCGAUCUGCGACGAAGUGGCCGAGGCGUAUCUCACGCUCGCCGACGCCGAAGCCCAGGGCGAACGCUACAUGGAGUAUCUCAACGUGAGCAGCGUCGCCGAGCUGCGGGCUCUGCCCAUGGACGAUCUCAUCACGGUCAGCGCCGGCCUCACGGCCACGGCGGAAUGGCAGUUCACCGCGACGCUCGACUACUACGCCAUGCCAGCGACAUACUACGACACGCUGCGGGAUGGGCUGGCGGCCGACGUGCCCGUGCUCACUGGCAACACCAAGGACGAGAACGGCGCGGUGUUUGGGCUGAACAUCACGGCGGCCGAGUACCUGGCGGACAUGAACGCGACCUUCUCGGGCUCCUGGCUGGACCGCUUCCUGGACUACUAUCCUGUUUCUCGCUACGAGGCAGACACCCGGGCCUCGUUCAACGCGCAAUGGACCGACCGGUCGAUCGUAGGCACCUGGUUAUGGGCGCAGCUGUGGGCCACCGCUCGCUCGAGCCCGGUCUACACUUAUUUCUGGGACCAUGCGCCGCCGGGCCAGGACCAGGGCGCGUACCAUGAAUCGGAGAUCAACUAUGUGAUGAACAACCUGUACGACACGGACCUGCCGUGGACGCACGCCGACUAUGCGAUUGCCGCCCAGAUGAACGCGUACUGGGUCAACUUCAUCAAGACGGGGGAUCCCAAUGGCGACGGUCUGGUCGAGUGGGCGGCGACCAAUGCCAGUGAGACGGUGCAGCAGGUUGGCAAUGGAUGGGGGGGGAUUCCUCUUCCGUCCAGUCUGGACUUGUUUACUGCCUGGUUCAGUGGAUUGCCUUAUUUCUAGUAUAAGUAUGAGU